AUGCAGUCCUUAAGCAGUAUGCAAUACUCCCUCCUCUGCCAUUCGCCCAAGGCCAAGGCUUCACCACCUCGUGGUCCGGACCUGGCCGAGGAGAAAAGUGGCCACCAGGGCGAACAAGAAUCGCCCGAAACCGCGGGUCGUGGAACCCGGAAAGAAGCCCCAAUGGAACAUGAAGAAAUGCCCAACUACGUGGUUUUUUCUGCUCGACAAGCCGACGGUGUCAAAUUGCCAACCAUGACAAGCAACGAUCAACAUGAGCGGGUACGGAGACCGUACGGAGACCAAAGAAACACCAAUGUCUCCCAGAAGACUUCCUAG